AUGCCGGCCCCGGCUCGGGGUCGUAGUCCCAGCGCUAAGAGUUUAAAGAAGGCAGCAAAGAAACUCGAGGCAAACAAGGACAAGUUCACCACCCCACCGCCCAAGAGGACAGGAAGCCCAGGUGUUUCCUCGGUCUCAUCCUCUAGUAGCGUCAAAAGAAAAGUUUCCUUUGCACCAGCCCCUGAAGUCCAUGGGACCCCAGCGAAGAAAGCAGAAGAAAAAGACAUGAAGGUAACCGAAGCUGAAGAGAUCUUGAAAAGUCUGAAGGACCAUACAUCAAAGUGGGGGUAUGACACCAAGGGCAAGCAGACCGAGCAGCUAGACAGCAGCUCUGGUAGUGAGGAUGAUGUUGAGGCAGAGAAAAAGAAAUCGGCACCAAAGGAAAAGAAAGGAAAAGGCAACAGAGAAGAUGCAUCUAGCAAAGGUGCCAAGCAGAAGGCCAAGAAGAAGGACGAGGAUAAGGAAUCUAAGAAAGGCGCUGAGGAGAAGGAUGAGGAGCAGGAAUCUGAGAAAAGGUCUGGGGAGAAGGCAGUUUCGAAGAAAGGUGGGCAUAAGGCUGAGGAGAAGGCAGCUUCGAAGAAGAAAGGUGCAGAGAAGAAGACUGAGGAGAAGGCAUCUAAGAAAGAUGAUGAUGAGGUGAAGACAUCUUCGAAGAAGAAAGGUUCAGAGAAGAAGACUGAGGAGAAGGCAUCUAAGAAAGAUGAUGAUGAGGAGAAGGCAGCUUCGAAGAAAGGCGCAGAGAAGAAGACUGAGGAGAAGGCAUCUAAGAAAGAUGAUGAUGAGGAGAAGGCAGCUUCGAAGAAAGGUGCAGAGAAGAUGACUGAGGAGAAGGCAUCAAAGAAAGAUAAGGAACAGAAGGCCGAGGAGAAGGCAUCUAAGGCUGAGGAAAUGGCAUCUAAGAAAGGUGCUGAGGAGAAGGCCGAGGAGGAAGAUGGUGAGGAGAGCUCUGACAAUGAGAGCAACGAUGAGGAGGCAAGCGAAAGCUCUGAUGAUUCUGAGGAUGAAGAAGAUGAUAAGAGCAAUGAGAGCGACGAAAGCGACAUGGAAAAAGAGGAAGAAAGUCAGAAGGAAAAAGAGAGCGAGAAGGCAGAAGAAAGCGAUAAGGAAGACAGCGAUGGGGAAGGAAGCAGUGAGGAGGAAAGUGAUGAGGAGAAAGAGGAAGAAGCGGAAGAACCAGCAGAGUCUCGCGCACCAGCAGAGUCUCUUGCCCUUGUUCCAGUUGGGAUUCUGAAAAGGCCAGCAGCCAAGACUGAGGAGGAAGACCAUCAGGAUGAAGAUGAAGAUGAUAGUGAUGAGGAACAGGAUGAAGAAGACAGCAGUGGUGAAAGUGAAUCGCCUGCAACUAAGAAAAAGAAGACUGAAGGCACGAAGGGCAAGAUCGAGGAGAAGUCAAAGGAAAAGGGUGACGAAGACAAGAAGACCAACAAGAAGCAAAAAAAGGCCAAGGAAGAGGAUGCUGAGGAGAAAGGAGGGACGGAGAAGAGCAAAGCUUUGGAAGAGGCUGAGAAGAAUCUUCUCAAAGGCGAUACUGGCAAAGAGAAGAAAGAUAAGAAGGAGAAGAAGGCAAAGAAGGAGAAAAAGGAGAAGGAUGAAGACAAGGAAGGCAAAGUGAAGAACUCAACGAAGUAUCGCAAAGAGUGGCAGGAUACCCGCUUGAAGCUCUUCAACGACUACAUGGACUGUGGCAAGGACUUCGCCAAGGUGGAAGCCCUGUUCCAGACUAGGACGAUGGAGGAUCCCGAGUUCCCAGGUGAAGAUGAGUACCUGUUCUUUGUCAUGGUGGAAUUCAACAUUGAAGACAUCCGUGAACUACGCCGCAUCACGCAGCUGGAAUUGACUGGCACUUUGGAUGCUGAUGGCGUCAAGGCCUUUGUUGAGGCUGGUGGAUGUCUCGAUGGCAAGCAGCACUUGGCCCUUGGAGACAAGAUGGGGGUCGAUGGUAUCCAGAAAAUGCUGGGAGCUGUGGGUAUCAAGAAUGAUGGGGCCAAUGGUAAAGGCAUCAAAAGGCGAAGGAACACCAAUGCGGCCGAAAACAGCGCGCCCAAAGAGGUGGUGCCAGAAACCCCUUUGCAGAAAGCUGCAAAGUUGGUCGAGAAGGUCCUGAAGGAUGCCAACAAUUGCCGGGACCAUGCCUUCAAGCUGAGACCCAUUGCGAUGAGCAGUGAUUUGAUUCUUCAGUUGAAGGCUUGCGCUGUCAAGCUUCAAGAGGCAGCAGAAAAGUUGCAGGCACGGGUCAAGCAGCAGAAGAACAAGAACAAGCAUUACGCGGCUAUCAUCUCAGAGGCCAGAUUCAACGGGAAGGUGAAUGAAACCAGAUCUACUGCAGCUGAACGAAUCAGCUUGGCGAAGGCACUGAUCCGGGCAGUUGAUAAGCCCAAGCCCAAAGCGAGGGCUUCCAAGGAGCCAAAGGAGCCCAAUGCGUCAAAGGAAGCCACUGGCGGGGCUAGUCCUGACACCAAGGAUGCCCAAGCCAAAACUGAGCCAGUGAAAGAGGAGGAGGGCAUCAAACUCAAAGAAGGCAUCAAGACCCUGUUUGAUGACAGGUGGGAUGUGAUCCAAGAGUGUGGCCAGUGGGGUAUUGAGUGCUUUGCCAUUGUGCCCUGGUGGAAUGCCCAUGGUAAGCUUGCCCAGCUGGGCAAGCUGACUUUGGAUGAGAAAGUGAAAAAAGCAACAGAAGAAGCAAACACAGCAGAGGAAGCAGCCAUAGUCUUAAAAGAUUCCUUGACAAAAGAUGAAUCUGCUAAGCUGUGGUCCAAGCACAAAACCUAUUUGAAGGGAAAGGAAGAAGAGAAAGAGGCUCAUGAGCAGUUGGGGAAGAAGGAAAAAGGACUUGAAGUUGUUCUUUGGUUUCUCAAGCACAAGAAAGGUGUGUUCUUCCAUACAGAAACCUCCAAAGAAGCCAGUGAAACCUUGACAAAAGGUGAGAAAUGGGUCAGUGAACACAAGAUGCUGCAGGAUUUCAGCAAAGAUGAAUUUGAACAGCACUUGGCAUCAGGAAGGGUCAAAUGGCGCUCAGACCCAUGGACCCCUGGCAUCUACCAAUACUGUGACCAGGGGGACCUGACCAAACAGGUCCAGUUGAAGAAAAAGCACAAAGUCACAGUGGGGCAGGAAAGGGAAAUGGAUGAUGCAGAGGAUGAAAAGGAGUUCAUGAGCUACUGGGGCAAAGGCUCUUUGGCCAGCAUGCAGGAGGCUGAAGUUGCCUUCAAAGGCCAGGGCCCUGCCUUGACAAAAGGUAAGGGCCAAGGUGCCUUGACAAAAGGCAAAGGGAGCAGAGGAAGCAAAGGAAGAGGCAGAGAAGUGCUGGCCAUAGAGGAUGGUAACCCAAAUGACACAGAAGAUGACAAAGACAAGAAGACACCUGAAGAGCAAUGGGCUGAGUGCUUGACAAAAGCACAAAAAUCCAAAGAGCAUCUCAGGGUGGCAGUGGGAAACUUGGAAGAAGCUUUGGAAGCUGCUAGCCAAGCAGGCAGAACUUCCAAGCAAGACAGGGGCCAUGGUUUGGAGCUGGCCAAGCUAGAGACAGAGCCCUUGACCAAAGGGGAUGGUGAGCAGAGUGUGCUGGCACAAACACUUUUGUCCUUGUGGAGCCAUGGGAUGAUCGACUGCAGGGCCACCCCACCUGCCUUGACAAAAGGCAAGCCUUGUGAGAAGGGGAAGGGUUUCAAAGAAUUGCUGCCAGAGAACCAAAAAUUCAUUGCAAUGGUGGACUUGGUUGCUGCAUUUGAUGCAGCAAGGCUGUUUCCUUGCCCAAAGGAAUUUCAAGCCAUGCAGUCCAUGCCGGCCCCGGCUCGGGGUCGCAGUCCCAGCGCUAAGAGUUUAAAGAAGGCAGCAAAGAAACUCGAGGCAAACAAGGACAAGUUCACCACCCCACCGCCCAAGAGGACAGGAAGCCCAGGUGUUUCCUCGGUCUCAUCCUCUAGUAGCGUCAAAAGAAAAGUUUCCUUUGCACCAGCCCCUGAAGUCCAUGGGACCCCAGCGAAGAAAGCAGAAGAAAAAGACAUGAAGGACACCAAGGGCAAGCAGACCGAGCAGCUAGACAGCAGCUCUGGUAGUGAGGAUGAUGUUGAGGCAGAGAAAAAGAAAUCGGCACCAAAGGAAAAGAAAGGAAAAGGCAACAGAGAAGAUGCAUCUAGCAAAGGUGCCAAGCAGAAGGCCAAGAAGAAGGACGAGGAUAAGGAAUCUAAGAAAGGCGCUGAGGAGAAGGAUGAGGAGCAGGAAUCUGAGAAAAGGUCUGGGGAGAAGGCAGUUUCGAAGAAAGGUGGGCAUAAGGCUGAGGAGAAGGCAGCUUCGAAGAAGAAAGGUGCAGAGAAGAAGACUGAGGAGAAGGCAUCUAAGAAAGAUGAUGAUGAGGUGAAGACAUCUUCGAAGAAGAAAGGUUCAGAGAAGAAGACUGAGGAGAAGGCAUCUAAGAAAGAUGAUGAUGAGGAGAAGGCAGCUUCGAAGAAAGGCGCAGAGAAGAAGACUGAGGAGAAGGCAUCUAAGAAAGAUGAUGAUGAGGAGAAGGCAGCUUCGAAGAAAGGUGCAGAGAAGAUGACUGAGGAGAAGGCAUCAAAGAAAGAUAAGGAACAGAAGGCCGAGGAGAAGGCAUCUAAGGCUGAGGAAAUGGCAUCUAAGAAAGGUGCUGAGGAGAAGGCCGAGGAGGAAGAUGAUGAGGAGAGCUCUGACAAUGAGAGCAACGAUGAGGAGGCAAGCGAAAGCUCUGAUGAUUCUGAGGAUGAAGAAGAUGAUAAGAGCAAUGAGAGCGACGAAAGCGACAUGGAAAAAGAGGAAGAAAGUCAGAAGGAAAAAGAGAGCGAGAAGGCAGAAGAAAGCGAUAAGGAAGACAGCGAUGGGGAAGGAAGCAGUGAGGAGGAAAGUGAUGAGGAGAAAGAGGAAGAAGCGGAAGAACCAGCAGAGUCUCGCGCACCAGCAGAGUCUCUUGCCCUUGUUCCAGUUGGGAUUCUGAAAAGGCCAGCAGCCAAGACUGAGGAGGAAGACCAUCAGGAUGAAGAUGAAGAUGAUAGUGAUGAGGAACAGGAUGAAGAAGACAGCAGUGGUGAAAGUGAAUCGCCUGCAACUAAGAAAAAGAAGACUGAAGGCACGAAGGGCAAGAUCGAGGAGAAGUCAAAGGAAAAGGGUGACGAAGACAAGAAGACCAACAAGAAGCAAAAAAAGGCCAAGGAAGAGGAUGCUGAGGAGAAAGGAGGGACGGAGAAGAGCAAAGCUUUGGAAGAGGCUGAGAAGAAUCUUCUCAAAGGCGAUACUGGCAAAGAGAAGAAAGAUAAGAAGGAGAAGAAGGCAAAGAAGGAGAAAAAGGAGAAGGAUGAAGACAAGGAAGGCAAAGUGAAGAACUCAACGAAGUAUCGCAAAGAGUGGCAGGAUACCCGCUUGAAGCUCUUCAACGACUACAUGGACUGUGGCAAGGACUUCGCCAAGGUGGAAGCCCUGUUCCAGACUAGGACGAUGGAGGAUCCCGAGUUCCCAGGUGAAGAUGAGUACCUGUUCUUUGUCAUGGUGGAAUUCAACAUUGAAGACAUCCGUGAACUACGCCGCAUCACGCAGCUGGAAUUGACUGGCACUUUGGAUGCUGAUGGCGUCAAGGCCUUUGUUGAGGCUGGUGGAUGUCUCGAUGGCAAGCAGCACUUGGCCCUUGGAGACAAGAUGGGGGCCGAUGGUAUCCAGAAAAUGCUGGGAGCUGUGGGUAUCAAGAAUGAUGGGGCCAAUGGUAAAGGCAUCAAAAGGCGAAGGAACACCAAUGCGGCCGAAAACAGCGCGCCCAAAGAGGCGCACAUAGCAUACCCAGUUUUUAUAGUCCAUAUCUAA